UACUAAGACCAGAUCCAGGAUGGAGAGUCCGGAGCUCAGCUUCACUUUGGCCUACGUCGUCUUCUGUCUGUGCUUCGUGUUCACGCCCACCGAGUUCCGCUCGGCCGGUCUGACCGUCCAGAACCUCUUCUCGUCCUGGCUGGGCAGCGAGGACGUGGGCUUCAUCCAGUACCAUGUCCGGAGGACCAGUGUCACCGUGCUGGUCCACUCCGCACUGCCUCUAGGUUACUACAUGGGGAUGUGUAUUGCUGCUCCAGAGAAGAAGCUGGGCUACGUUCACCAGGUGAGCGACAGCUGGAGAGCGUUUCUGCUCCUAUCCCUCUGCCUCCAGCUGAUCAGCUGGACACUCGUCAUCUACUGGUCCCGCCAUCACUGGCACAACCAUCCAAUCAGCCGGGCCCUGCAGGCCCAUGUACAGCCCCCUCACUCCGGCUGGGGCUCUGUGGCAGUCAGUGUCAACACUGAGUUCAGGCGCAUAGAUAAGUUUGCUACAGGGGCCCCAGGAGCCAGAGUCAUCAUCACUGACAGCUGGGUGCUAAAGGUGACCACCUAUCACGUCCACAUGGCCUUACAGAAUGACUGUCAUGUGACAGUGACAGAGUCCAGGCAGCACCAGCUGAGUCCAGACUCGGCCUCCCCUGCACAGAUCCUGACCCUGAGAGUGGAGAGCAUCAACCCGGCUGUCGGACCCUUUUGUAUCAGGCUGCACUCUACAGAGUACGCAGAGCUCAGGGAGAAGCUCCACGCUCCCAUCAGAAACUCUGCCAACGUGGUGAUCCACCAAACCAUUAGUGAGCUUUUCCUGGAGACAUUCAGAGCUCAGGUGGACCUCAACCAGCCAUACACACUCCCUAGUGGACAGGAGAUCGAGCCCUGUAUUGGCUGCAUGCAGGUCCCAGCAAGCACCAAGCUGGUUAGACUCUGCCACACAGAAGGAGCUGAUAUGGAGUCAGAUUGCCAGGAGUGUUUCUGCAGACCCAUGUGGUGUUUGUCCUGUUUGGGUCGAUGGUUCGCUAGCCGCCAAGACCAGCAAAGACCCGAGACCUGGCUGUCCAGCAGAGUCCCCUGCCCCACCUGUAGAGCCAGAUUCUGUAUACUAGAUGUCUGUGUGGUUCGCUGAGAACACACACACACACACACACACACACACACACACACACACACAUACACACGGAUCCAAACUGAGUUUUUCCUCUGGAAAUAAAGUGGAGCUGUGUUUUUACACAACAGAGAAGUGGACUGGACUGAUCUGAGCUCAGUGAUGUACCUGCUUUUUUCUCUGCUUUCAAUAAGGAGCGAUCAUGUAGAGGAAUAAUGUACAACAUCUGGUUUGACUCUCAGCAUGGUGUAAAGUGCAAUGGUUUUUGGGAUAUAUAUUUGUGUGAUGUCUGAUAAGAGGAUUUGUUUGUUUACUUAGUGAUAAUGUUGAUUUUCUAUUUAAAAUUCAUUUUCUUUGUAUGAACUCUCUUUAAUAUUUCCAGUAACACUCAACAUGUAAGAGUGUCCUCCAGCCGUGUAGUUGGAAAAGAAAAUAUGAAGCAAAGUGAAAUCAAAAACAACCAAAUGGACAAAAAUCUGCAGCUUAGAAAAGCUACAGUACAAAGGCAGUUUAGUCGAUGUCAGCUUCAUUAUUCAUUCACACACCAGGACAGUGGAAGAAAUUGUGCUUCUCUUUUCUUAAUGAUGCAUAUUAAAAAUAUAACAUUGAUAUAUUGAUAACAUGACCAGUGUUAUAUAAUGUGAAGGUGCGUGCUCUUAAAUAUGACUCCUCUAUUCUUCAUCAGUAGGAGUGAGAGUCCAGGAUGAUAACCUGUACUAUGAAGCUGUUUAUCACCUGGCUCAGUUAACUCUGAGUUCACCUGUCCAGGUACGAGCUGGUUCAUGUGAAAGAGGCAGAGUUGUUAAUUAUAAGUCACAUCGUCUGAACCAUGAAUAAAGUAUUAAUAUGAUAUGAGAAGAAACACUGAUACCUGCAGGUGAAUUCAGUUAUAGUGACGUCAUGAAGUGGAAUUCAACAAGGUGAAAUGUAAACGAUGAUCGCAUCACUAGAAUUUUCAAAAAUCUAUUUCUAAAUAUAAUUUCUAUUAAAGUCA